UGCCUGUCAAACUCUUAAGCCUCGCGCAGCUGUCGUCAACACAACUGAGGAAGUACCGAGAAGCUAACGAGGCUAACGACUAACUAAGUGCUAAAACGGUGUUUGCUAACCAAAGCUACCGAGUUAACUAGCGCUGCGCUGGUCCUUGUUAGCUAAGUAACUGAACGUUAGGUCGGUUUUCGGUUGACGUGGACUGAGUGGGAACAAUGUUACAGAGGGAGUAGCCGUUGUUUGGCUAACUUCUGAGCUAGCAUGCUAAUGAUCAGCUGUUGUGGUCGGACACAUAGCGGGCUAACGAGCCGAACUGCAUAGCUGAGCAGCAGUCGCAGGUACCGGGCUCCAACGGCAGCAGAUUUCCGCAUCGCCGGUCGGAACACCGAGCAGCUCAGUUGUUUGAUGGCGACAGAUAAAGGUGUUCCGCCCUGACAGACUCGCCAGCGGUCAGUCAGUCAGUCAGCUGUUUGUCCGACAGGCGUCAACUCCGUGCGGGAUUGAUCCAGCAGAGAGGUGUAUAAUUCAAUCAACCGUUACUGCUUCAAGAUGCAUGACGCCUAUGAGCCGGUGCCUAUUUUGGAAAAGCUUCCUCUCCAGAUCGACUGUCUUGCGGCCUGGGAGGACUGGCUGCUUGUUGGAACAAAGCCAGGGCAUCUCCUCCUCUACCGAAUAAAGAAGGACCCAGGCUCCAACCGGUUUGAAGUGACUCUGGAAAAAUCCAACAAGAACUUCUCAAAGAAGAUUCAGCAGCUUUAUGUCGUCUCACAGUACAAAAUUCUGGUCAGUCUUCUGGAGAACAACAUCCACGUCCAUGACCUCCUCACCUUCCAGCAGAUCACAGUGGUGUCCAAAGCCAAAGGGGCCACACUGUUUGCAUGUGACCUGCAGCAAACCAGCUCGGGGGAGGAGAGGCUGAGAAUGUGUGUCGCAGUGAAGAAGAAACUCCAGCUGUAUUAUUGGAAGGACAGAGAGUUCCAUGAACUGCAGGGAGACUUUGGCGCACCAGAUAUUCCAAAGUCCAUGGCCUGGUGUGAGAACUCCAUAUGUGUCGGUUUCAAACGAGACUAUUACCUCAUCCGGAUGGAUGGUCGUGGCUCCAUCAAGGAGCUCUUCCCUACUGGGAAACAGUUGGAGCCUCUGGUUGCUCCACUGGCUGAUGGGAAGGUGGCUGUUGGGCAGGAUGACCUAACUGUGGUGCUCAACGAAGAGGGCGUCUGCACCCAGAAGUGUGCCCUGAACUGGACAGAUAUCCCCAUCGCCAUGGAGCACCAGCCUCCCUACAUCAUAGCGGUUCUGCCUCGCUACGUGGAGAUCCGGACGUUCGAGCCGAGGCUGCUGGUGCAGAGCGUGGAGCUGCAGAGACCACGAUUCAUCACCUCAGCAGGGCCAAAUAUUGUGUAUGUUGCCAGCAACCACUUCGUGUGGCGCCUGGUUCCUGUGUCGAUAGCCAGCCAGAUCCGACAGCUUCUUCAGGACAAGCAGUUUGAACUGGCUCUUCAGCUGGCGAAGAUGAAGGAUGAUUCAGAUGGCGAUAAGAAGCAGCAGAUACAUCACAUCCAGAAUCUCUAUGCCUUCAACCUGUUUUGCCAGAAGAGAUUUGAUGACUCCAUGCAGGUGUUUGCCAAACUUGGCACAGAUCCCACACAUGUGAUUGGACUCUACCCAGACCUGCUCCCAUCAGACUAUCGCAAACAGCUGCACUACCCAAACCCUCUGCCUACUCUGUCUGGGGCAGAGCUGGAAAAGGCUCAUCUUGCUCUUAUUGAUUACCUCACCCAGAAACGAAGCCACCUUGUGAAACAGCUGAAUGACUCUGAUCCUUCUACAACAUCUCCACUCAUGGAGGGAACACCAACCAUCAAAAGCCGCAAAAAACUGCUGCAGAUCAUUGAUACCACCUUGCUGAAAUGUUACCUGCACACCAACGUGGCCCUCGUGUCCCCCCUCCUUCGUCUGGAAAACAACCACUGCCACAUCGAGGAGAGCGAGUACGUCCUGAAGAAGGCUCACAAAUACAGCGAGCUCAUUAUUCUCUAUGAAAAGAAGGGCCUGCACCAGAAAGCUCUGCAGGUGCUGCUCGAUCAGUCCACCAAGGCCAACUCUCCUCUGAAGGGCCACGAGCGAACUGUGCAGUACCUCCAAAGACUGGGAGUGGAGAAUCUGGGUAUAAUCUUUGAGUUUUCUCCCUGGGUGCUGAAGAUCUGUCCUGAAGAUGGCCUGAAGAUCUUUACUGAAGACUUAACAGAGGUGGAGACUUUGCCCAGAGACAAGGUGUUGCAAUUCCUGAAGGAGGGCUUUGAGGAACUCGCCAUCCCGUAUUUGGAGCACAUCAUUUACAUCUGGGACGAGAAGGGCCCCGAGUUUCACAACGUGCUCAUCCAGCUGUACCUGGGGAGAGUUCAAGGCCUCAUGAAACAGUAUCUCAACUCACUGCCAGAAGGGAUUCCAGCUGUUGCUGCGGGGCAGGAGAAAGGUGAACUGGGAGAGUUCAGGAACAAGCUCCUGUCUUUCCUGGAUAUUUCUACCAGCUAUGAACCCUCCAGACUCAUCAGCGACUUUCCCUUUGAUGGUCUGCUGGAGGAACGAGCUCUGCUGCUGGGCCGGAUGGGCAAACACGAACAGGCGCUCUUCAUCUACGUCCACAUCCUGAAAGACACCCGCAUGGCUGAAGAUUACUGUCACCGGCAUUACAACAGCUCAGUGGAAGGAAAUAAAGAUGUGUAUCUGUCUCUGCUGCGAAUGUACCUGUCACCUCCUGACGUCCACUGCCUGGGGCCCAUCAAGAUGGAGCUGUCAGAGCCUCAGGCCAACCUCCAGGCAGCCCUGCAGGUCCUGGAGCUGCACCACAGCAAACUCAACACCACCAAGGCCAUCAACCUGCUGCCAGCAAACACUCAGAUCCGAGAGAUCCGGGUUUUCCUGGAGAGCGUCCUGGAGGAGAAGGCUCAGAGGAAACGCUGCAACCAGGUGCUGAAGAGUCUGCUGCAGGCCGAGUUCCUCAGGGUGCAGGAGGAACGAAUCUUCCACCAGCAGGUGAAAUGUGUCAUCACAGAAGAAAAGACCUGCAGAGUCUGCAAGAAGAAGAUAGGAAACAGUGCGUUCGCCAGGUAUCCCAACGGCGUGGUGGUGCAUUACUUCUGCUGCAAAGACCGGAACGUGUGUCCCACCGAGCAGUAACGUCCUCCUGACUGGGACUUUGAAGGAGAAAAACAUGAGGUUUGCUCAGAAACCAGAGCAGCUCGAAAAGGAUGUUUUUUUUAAGAACUACAACCUCCUCCCGAAAGCAAAAAAACUCUUCUCUGCAUGAAGCAACAGGGGGAAUGUCCGCUCGACAGGUGGGGAGGGGAUGAAGACAAAAAAAAAAGAGGGGCUCUGACAUUUGGAAAGCAUGUGUCGCUGUAACGCUAGAGGAGGAUUCGUUGCCCCGAAAACAAAACGAGCGCUGUCCACAGGAGUUAGCGCCCGGCGGGAGGUGAUUACGAGUCUCGGUCAACGGUCGUCUUUCUGUUUUUCCCCUCCUGUGACACUGUGUAGGCCUCAAACAAAGCUCGAUACGCCAUAUAGACUCUGCAGGAGUUCUGUUAAAUGCCUUCUGUGACUCUGAAGAUUGUACUUACAGUGAAGUUUCUCUUUUUGUUUUUGUUGUUGCUGGUACUGAUGAAAACAAGCUUUUUUUUGGGUCUUACAGCAUGUUUUUGAUGCAGCUCCUCCAGUUAACAUUAGUCACAGCUGUGUUCUUUUUCCUCAUUUAUUGUUUGUACAUCAUCACCAGACUACAUCCACUCUUUUAAUGCUAUUUUUUUUGUGUGUUUUUUUUUCUGUUUUUUUUUUCUCUAUGAAGCAGAAUUAAUGCAACACCGUGUGAAGAUUAAUCUGCAAAUUCCUCUAUUUCGGAUCAUCCUGAUUUGUUGAUAAAUGCAUUUAAGGAGAUAAUCAACAGCUGUUUUGAUAUUUAAUUAACUUUAUCUGUCAUUUUUGAAGCAAAACAAUCAAUUUAAACCAGAUCCAGCUCCUUAGAUAUGGCACUAAAUGGAAUAUCUUCAGCUUUUGGACUAUUGAUUGGUCAAAAAAACGCAAAUUUUAAAGGUCAGUGUGGUCUCAGAGAAAUCACAGGUGACUUUUUAAUGAUUAAUGAAUGAGUCUGAAUAAUUAGCAGCUAUUUUACUUUGUUUUUUCAAUUAAAACUGACAUAGUUCACCAGAUUGAGCUCCUUUUGUGUCACUAAACUGCAUAUCUUUGGUGUUUGGACUAGUGAUUGGCCAUAAAAAGCUAAUUUAAAAGGUCAGUGUGGUCUCAGAGUAAUAGAAAGUUACUUUUCAAUUAUUAAUUAAUGAAUUGGUCUGAAUAAUUAGCAGCUGUUUUACUUUUUUUUCCCCAAUUAAAAUUGACAAAUUUCACCAGAUCCAGCUUCUUUUUUGCCACUAGACUGAAUAUCUUUGGCUUUUGGACUAUUGAUUGGUCAAAAAAUGCAAAUUUAACAGGUCAGCGUGGUGGCUUGUGUUGCUUUUUAAUGAUUGAUUAAUUAGUCUGAAUAAUUAGCAGCUAUUUUACUUUUUUUUUCCAAUUAAAACUGACAAAAUUCACCAGAUCCAGCUUCUUUUGUGCCACUAAACUGCAUAUCUUUGGCAUUUGGACUAUUGAUUAGCCAUAAAAAGCUAAUUUAAGAGGUAAAUGUGGGCUCAGAGGAAGUGCAAGUGGCUUUUUUCACAUUAUUUUUUUAACAUUUUGUCGACUUAAUAGGUACAAAUAAACAUCAGAUGCCCUUGCUCUCUGUGGAAAUGGAGAUGACUCAGACUUGGCUGUUGACUAAUUGAGGCGAAAGUGCAUUUAGUUGCUUACAAUGUCACUUUUUAUUAUUUAAAAGAAGGUAUUAUUUUGUUAUUUCAUCUUUAAAAGUUACCCAGUCUCGCUCUGAGACAGAUCACAGAAGUACAGCACUUUACGAGUGGAUCAUCGUCCUGUUUAUUUAUUGUCGAAUCACACAUCUGCGUGAGAGAACUGGAAGUAAUAUGAACGACUAAGAGAGGUUUGAUCAAUUUCUGCAUUUUAACGGCAAUAUUGUUAUGAAACGUGUCUGUUUACUGUUCAUCUGGGAGGUAAUUAAAGCAGCAGGACUCUGAAGUUUAUCAAAAAUUGAGAAGGAUUUUAGUUCUGCUGAGUGAAAUCUGUCUAAACGCAUCUGGAGAACACGUUAAAUUCACCUUUUUCCUGCCAUCUGUAGCAUCCUCUGCGUCUCCUGCUCCUCUAAAUAUCGCCUCUUCCUCCACAUUUAGAGGUUUUGCACACGUCCUCUGCUAAGACUGUUUCAGAUUUGUACCACUUGUGUGUUUACUGUACAGAGAUUGAGAGUGUUAGCGAUGAAUUUAUCACUGAGGUUUGUGUGACUGUGAAGGGCGACUCAGCAUCUGUGUGUCUGGCUGUAAUCGGUAAUAAACAAGCAUUUCCACUCA